UGAAGCUUUGGAUGUCGAACAUCUACUGAAUGUUUUGUAUUACCCACAGAGUACCUAAUAUAUAAACUACGCGUACGCCAAGUUCGAGUGAGUAGGGCAUCACUAAUAUUAAAUAACAUAAGCCGAGGACCCGUAGUGCUUGUUUGUGGAAUUUAUUUUUUGUGCUGCGUAAAUUAAAGCAUGAAAUUUAUGUUUAUACCGUCCAAAUGAUAAUAAAUACGUGAGAAAAUGAUAACCUUCAGCGGUACAAACGCUUCCUCAGCGCUGGAGGAUACAGGCGAAGUCAGAAGCAUCUGUGAAAGUGUUUGUAGCGAUAGUUCGAAUGCCACUGUUCAACCAGGAGGUUCGAACCAACGGCCUCGAAUGGAUAUAGCCUGUGUGUUGGAUGUGUCCCACACUUCCAAUAUAAGUCACCGCAAAAGGGCCCUUGAAGAAGUUCGUUUGGCGGCUGAACUGGUUAAUGCGAAUCUCCAUCAUAUUCAUUUUGAAAAGCUAGACUUUGGUGAAACAAACGUUCUGGACACAUUCUACAAUGCCGAUGUUGCUCUCGUGGACCUUAGCGUGCAACUGCAGCAGAGUUCGCUGCUGUAUCACCUCGGUGUGCGUGAAAGCUUCGAUAUGAAGGAAAAUGUUUUAUUAUACAAUGAUGUUGAUCCAGACUCCACUUUACGGCUUAAGAUCUCGCUGCCGAACUUUUUAUUCGUAUCCUAUAAGUUGACGGACGUCGGAACAUGCGUGACGACAAAUCCGGCGGCCACUAAAUUCAAAGGGGAAGACUCUGCCGAUCCGAAACAACAUUUGACUUUGCGAUUGAAGAACAUCCUACAGGAUGUCGAGGUUCAAACAAAAGCUCAUCUACAAGAGAAAUUCCUUUCGGAUCUUCGCAAGGCCCGCGAAACGUACAGCGGCCUGGAGCUCGCGAAUGUUCUGCACGCGAUGCGCCGGAGACUAGACGAUCCGGCGGUGCUGUCCGGGGACACGAUACUGAACAUGCUGAUAUCGUACCGGGAGAUCCAGGACUACGACGCGAUCGUUCAAGUCGUCGACGAUCUGAAAACGAUAAUGAAUCGUAAAAAUUACGUCAACAUGCCCAUUAUUAGGUUCCUGUACGCUUUCGCUAUGAACAGACGCAACAAAGAAGGCGACAGAGAAAAUGCCCUGAAAGUGUGCGUCAAAGCUUUGGAUAAGAAGGAAAACCGAUUCCCAGAUAUGCUUUGUCUUUGCGGACGUAUAUAUAAGGAUAAGUUCGUUGAAUCUCAACAUACAGACAAGGAGAGUUUGAAUAGCGCUAUACACUGGUAUAGACAGGGUUUCGAAGUUCAGCCCAACGAGUAUGCGGGCAUCAAUUUGGCGACGUUGCUCGUCAUCGCGGGCAAUGACUUCAAGAAUUCCCAAGAACUUCAGCACAUCGGAAUGGUACUAAAUCAUCUGAUUGGGAAGAAGGGCAGCUUGUCAUCUCUGAAAGACUAUUGGGACGUGGCUACGUUCUUCGAAAUAUCAGUGCUGGCUCAAGACUACGUGAAAGCCAUACAGGCAGCCGAAUGCAUGUUCAAGUUGAAACCGCCUAAUUGGUAUCUCAAGUCGACUAUAGGCAACAUUGAACUAAUAAACAGAUUUAGAAAAACGGAAGAGACAUCGCCGGAGCAACAAGUUUUUUCCUUCUGGAUGGAAUAUUUUGUAGAGGCCACAAAGAGCAGCUGCGAGAAUAUAAUUAGAUUUCCAGUAGUAAUACUGGAAACAACGAAGAUAUACAUGCCGUCGUACGUAAAUGUGAACAUGGGCGCCGAACAGAAGUCUAUUGAAAUACUGAACCUCUGCCUCGACGCCAUGCACGGUCAGUGCAGACAAGUGCACCGGUGGUUGUUCACCUCUGACAUGAUACGCAGCUACAGUUUAUACAAAAGAGACGAAAGAUGCCUGUUCUUGUACGUGAGCGAGAAUUCAGAUGAUUUUCAAAUAUUUUUACCGUCCCAAGCAUGUAGGCAACAUUUACACGACCUCUUGGGCGAAUUAACAGCUGACCAUGAGAAAGUCACCGAUUUGGACACAAGCGUUAUGCAGGAUCAGCUAAAGUUCGAAUACGAGUUAGACGACAACAAUAAACGCGUGGUGCUCGGCAAAGGAACGUACGGCGUCGUCUACGCGGCCAGAGACCUCAACACGCAAGUACGGAUAGCAGUGAAGGAAAUACCCGAAAAGAAUUUGGGCGAUGUUCAGCCAUUACACGAGGAGAUACUGUUGCACUCACAGCUGCGACAUCGGAACAUAGUGCAGUACUUAGGUUCAAUAUCAGAAGACAAUUACUUCAAAAUAUUCAUGGAACAAGUGCCGGGAGGCUCGCUGUCAGCUCUGUUAAGAUCGAAAUGGGGGCCGUUGAAGGAAAAUGAGGCCACCAUAGCGUACUAUACCAAACAAAUACUUGAAGGUCUAAAAUAUCUACACGAUCAGAAAAUCGUGCACAGAGACAUUAAAGGCGACAACGUUCUGGUGAACACGUACAGUGGAGUCGUCAAGAUAUCUGACUUCGGCACGUCCAAGCGCCUCGCCGGACUCUGCCCUUCCACGGAGACUUUCGCCGGAACUUUACAGUACAUGGCUCCUGAAGUUAUCGACAAAGGACAGAGAGGCUAUGGAGCGCCCGCGGAUAUCUGGUCACUCGGGUGCACUGUAGUUGAAAUGGCGACCGGGAAUCCCCCGUUCAUAGAGCUGGGCUCGCCACAGGCAGCCGUCUUUAAGGUGGGCUAUUAUAAAAUGCAUCCAGAGAUACCGAGUGAGUUAUCGUUGAGAGCGAAGAACUUUAUAUUGCGGUGCUUCAUACCGGAGCCCGAGGAGAGAGCGACGGCCGCUGAACUACUAGAAGAUCCGUUUCUAUGCGAAAAAAAGAAACAGACCUGCCGUCUCGGUAGCAGUAUCGACUACAGCCGGAGUAUAUCGGUUCCCGCGGAUAAAGCGCGACCGAUAACCGCCCAGAAGAAAAUAUCCGAACCCAGUCUUCCGGGAAACAUUCCUACCUCACCCGACAUAGAGGUGAAGACGAUCCGGUCUAAUCCCACAAUCACCCGGACGGCUUCGUCGAUGCUCUCACCGAUUCUGAUAUACCCACCGGACCUGUCCAACAGCAGUACAAUGCCCAACACGCCGUCCACUGACGAUAUGGACAGCAACGAUACGAUUUUGAACAGGCGAAGCUCUUCCGGCGGCUUGUUAUCGCCAGAGGUGGACAUGACAAACGUGCCUCGUUCUUCAAUAGACGUUGAACACGACGGCUUCUACUUAUUGAAGAAGGACUCGCAGCGACGUCUCACUCUCUCCCGGGUGCUAGAGCAGGAUAGCGAGAAGAUCUGCUCGAAGUGGAUGCUUAGCAUUCAACAGGAUUUUGGAAAUACUGUUCUCACUAUGAAUCACUUGGAGACGCUCCGAUGCGCACUAAAAGAAUACAUAAUGGAUCAAAAUCGAAACGUCAUAGAACAAGCGAUGACCACUUUGAAGGAGGAACUAGAUUUCGAUUCGAACGCCAUCAACGAGCUGCAUUCCGCCAUAUACAUGUUCCAAGAGGCCGUCAACGUCGUGCUGCGGAUGCACAGCAUCAAGCCGCACUGGAUGUUCGCGCUCGACAACUUAGUGCGGAACGCGGUGCAGGCCGCCAUCACAGUUUUAUCACCAGAGCUCGGAGCGAAUCUAGCUGGACAGGAGGGUAGGCGGGCCGGCGGCGUCGCAGCCGGCGGACCCGACGUUGGAACUCCCUCGGCCCUUUCCACUGCAACAUCCACUCAUCAAAUCAGACACGAGAACCACAAAUUACAACAAGAACUAAUUGAAAGCUAUCAGCAACAUCAGGCAUUGCUUCGGCAGAUGUUAGAAGAGCAAAAGCUACAGACGCAGAUCAUUCGUGAAUUGGUCGAGAGCAGGAAUCGGUCGGAACCGGACGAGCUGGAGCCCCCGGAGCCCGAGGAGGUGGAGCGCGUCCGCGAGUGGGUGUCGUCCCGCGGCCUGCCCGCCGCCGUCGCGCGCGCCCUCUCCCGCCAGCACUACACGCUCACCGACCUGUUACUGCACGCGCAGAGAGAAGACGUCUCCAGACUUCAUCUCAGCGGUGGCAUCGAGCUUCGUUUGUGGCGCGCGAUUCAAGAACACCGUCUGCACGCCGGUCCGACCCAUCUGCGUCGCUCGAGCAGCACCGAGACGGACAUCGACACGAACUCAAUAGUGGUGGUCGAAUGUCAACGGUGCAAGUCGAUCCGCCGGACUACGUCUACCAACUCGAACUGUUCGAGCAAUCCGACAGUCGUCAUCCGCGAACACCAGGUCAACGGGGAGAGUCCGCUGACUCAACUGUACGGAGAGAACGGAGUCGAUAACCUCUGACUACUGCGAGGAUGGUGCACUCUACAAUAGCCCUCACUCGGAGGCGGUUCUGUCAGGCCUAGGACACUACGUAACUGCGAAUUUUGAACAUGUUUCGUAUAAAGGAUCCGGUACAUUAAAAUAGGAUACAAACGUUGAACGCAUCUACUAAUUUAGUAGAAUUUAUAGCCAUGUUAUUUGCAGUUACCUGACCGUGUGUCCUGGGUCUUACAUCUAAUAGAACUCUAAAUUUGAUCGACUAAUUCAACUACAAUGUCUUUUCGAUAUAUUCGAUACAUUCGAAAGAAACAAAUGCAAUUUGGCUAUUUCGUUUUUGUUUUUUCCUUACCUAAUUUCUACCUGCAAUCUCUACCUCUAGUCUCAACCUGAAAGAAAUAUUAACACUAACCCUAGCAAGAGCAGUGCUUCGCAAAAUCUACCGCCGAAUCGGAAACGCGACCCACUGAGAAGAUCCGGCGAAAAACUCAGUGGAUACAAUAGUUUACUAUUAUCCUCACUACUGCGCUAUAGCCACUACAGCGUAGUGAAUAAAGUUUUAAUUCUAUAUAGCGAAAUUGUAUUUUGUUAAUUUUUAUUCGAAAACGAUAAUGAGCAUCUAUUAACAUUUCAUUAUUGUCGAUCAAAUAACGUGUUAAUUAGUUGAAGUCUGUUCGCUGGUGACGAAAAUUUCCGGUCUGAUAUACCACGAUUUAAAAAAAAUUAGGGUUGUCAUAUAUCAUUUUAGAAUAAUAAUAAAAAUACAUAUAUUAAUUCGUUCAAAGAUAUAUAACCAACAAUACUUUUAUAUUUACCAAUCGAUUGUAUACUCACGUACAUAAAAGAGAAGGUUUGGAAACGAUUAUAAAUAGAUUAUAAAUACUUGAUCAGUCUUACCACAAUCAUAGGUUGCUACUUAAAAAACGUUCAAAAAAUUUUUUAUUAUAUAUUUUAGUUACAUAGAGUACAAAUAACGUUUAAAAAAAAAAGCUUUAAAUUUAACGAAUGUUUCGUGUGUUAUAACCGCUUUAAAUAACAGCUAUAAAUAACCGCUUGGGGCCUUGAGUGUGUCAUCCGUGUUUACUUAAACAUCCGUAUCUUGUACUAUAUUUUAUAUCAUAAUACUUUGUAUUUAUUUUGGUAGUGUUUUAAUUUAACUAGUCUUUGUAAAUAUUAAAUAUUUUCACUGUAAUGAAUGCAUAAUAUAAGUUGUUUUUUUUUUCCGGCACAAACAUGCUAUCGGUGCUAUCACGUUGUGAUUAUAAGAAAUUGUGCCUUGUAACGAAUUACAUUAAAUAAUUACAUAAUAAACAUGUUUAUUUGUAUAGAAUUUAAAUUAACAUCACUUUUUUGGUAUGAAUGUAUUUAGGAAUUUGUUAUUUUAUGCUAACAAAAAGUUUUUCAACGUUGAGUAAAAAAAAUCACAUGAAAAGCUUCAGAAUUUAUCAAUUUCCUUCGAAAGCAAACUGAAUUAGGUGAUAACUGUCGAAAAAUAAUUAUAAACAUGUGAUGUUCAAAAUGAAUAAUUAUAUUAAAUCUGCUUACAAUUUAUAAUAAUCGAUUUUAUUUUGCUUAUAUUGUUAAAAAUGUUAAACUAUUCCUUGAGAUCAGAGCCAUAAGGUCGAUUUUACUUUUAUCCAAAAAAAAACGGCUUCACUUCUGAUGUUGCGUUUUGUCUUCCUAUUUUCGAGUCUGGACAUCUAGACUAUAAUCAAACAUGAAUUGUUUAAAGAAAUCGUUUCAUAAGUCCACCCCACGUGACAAUAUAACAAUUAAAAAUUGUACUGUUGAAAUUCCGUAUAUCAGAUUCGUAUAUACAUUUAUAUAUAAUUAUACAAAAUACGAGUGCCAUAUGUAUACAUAUAAUGUAUCUUCUAUUGUAUUAGUUAAGUUUUAAUAUUUUCUAAUAUGUAGUACACAACGGUUUCAUUGGGAUGAUCUGAUCAUUUGUCAUAGGAUGUGCUUCCAACGAUAACCAACUUUUAUUUUGUUACAUUGAGUGACCACGCGUUGUCUCGCUUGAUGCUGUAGGGUAACCAUAUUUAUUAUUCAGAACACGAUCAUUUCGAUUCUGGGGGGUUUGUUUUAAUCUUGUAAAAACCUAAUAAAAUACAGUUUUCUCUCGCACUACCGAUGUAUGUAUUUUAUACGCGUCAUUUUGCGUUCGAAAACAAUUUUUUUUUCGGUUACCUAAUUGCCAGUAGCCUUGAGGGUUUAUUCUGGCUUCACCCGUCGGUAGAUUCUGCGAAGCACGGCUCUUGCUAGGGUUCGUGUUAGCAUCGUCGCCAGGUUUGAGCCCCGUGAGCUCACCUACUAGCCACGGUUACGCUGGAAUAGCCGCUCCAGGCUACCAGCUUAGGUAGGAAAAAAAAAAACUGGCUUCACCUAACUAAGCCAGAGAUUUGCUUGCACUGGCCCUAGCAAGACCACUAUUUCGCUGAAUCUACCACUGAGAAGGUCCGACGAGAAACUCACUGGCCACAAAUUUGUGGUCACAAUACCACACAAGGAAUGUGUUGCGUAAAUCUAAGCACUUAGGUCACUGCUUGUGAAAAUUCACUCUAGAAAUUACGUAUCCUUUUGUUUUUAAAGAUGGACAGAUAAGAUGUGUUAAAUGGUUGCUUGAUGCCAUGAAUAUCAUAAUGUGAACGACGCCAUCAAACUUGAUACCAAAAAAUAAAUUUGAUUUGGGCGUAGGUGGCUCAUCUUGAAAUACUUUCCUCCUCGCGUCGUUUUCCUCAUUACUGAGUGAGGGUCAUGACUUCCCCGCUGCAUCAGUUUCUCCCGUACGAUUUCCCUCCAUCUGCUGCGAUCCUUAGCGUCAUGAAGGGCAUUGUGGAAGUUGAUGUUAAAAGAAGAUCCAAAUGAAAUAUUUAGGAGGAGUCAUUUGGGCUCCAUUCAAAGUUUUGAGAAAAAAACAUAGGCCAAAACAUAGGCAAACAUAGGUAAUGUAUAACUGAAACUUUUAAUCCGAACCGCGUUAUUGUUUCACAAGACGUCUUACUAAAAAUACCGUGAAAACUACAACGUAUAGAGCAAGACGAAUUCUAUCUUAAAAAAAAAAAACCUCAAUCUAGUGCCGAGUCUAAGCAUUAAAAUAAUGGCUUCCUCACUUCUACAGACUGGAAUGCAUUAUUUCUUUAUUUUAGCAAUAAGCAAGCAGUGUGCUUAGUGCGAGUGCUUUAACAUUCUCGAUAGCGUAAAAGUUAACUCCAAUUUGUAUGGAGUUGGAACGUUUGCCUGCGUUUGCCGCUAGGGGCGCUGUUCUAACUGCAUACAAAUCUGAGUUAACUUUUACGUUAUCGAGAACGUUAAAAAACUCGCACUAAGCACGCUGAUCGUUGAACAAAAUCUCCGUACGUAAAGCAGUGAACACAAUAUGUUAAAUGUACCUAAUUAAAAACUAAACUUAUUGGUUAGUAAAAUUGAGCAUACGAAAAUUUCCAUUGGUCGAUAGUACCAAGUAUUGAGUUGUUACCUUUACCCCUUUUUAAUCUAACCUUUUUAUAGAACGCAACUUUAUCUGUCCGUGAAUAAAAAAGAUGUGUGGUGUCGUGGGACACCGGAUAGGAACGAAGUUCCUUAUUAUAAAAAUAUUAAUUUUAAGUUUUAUUCAAAGUAUAAAGGAAAUAAAACCGGAGGUUUCGCAACAACCCACGAUCAUUCGGUAACGUGCGAAAUUAUUGUAGUACACUUCAUUCACGGUUGUUCGCAUAAGAGUUAGUGUAUUGCGCAAACGAACGCUCUGAGGUCGUGGUCAAUGAAUGAUAAAAAAAUAUGUUAUUUUUGGUACGUUAUUACAAAGUUAAGUCGUACACUGUGUGCAAUACUAAUUUGUACGUUAUUACAAAGUUAAGUCAUACACUGUGUGCAUUACUAAUAAAAAAUCUUACGUUACGGACGUUUAUUCCCGGUUAGGGUACCCCUCCGCAUCGCCCCAUAAGGAACUUCGUUCCAAAAUACUAAAACAAUAUACAGGUGCCGCUGUUCUCAAUAAUUCGAUUAACUUAGUCAAGCUUUAAUGGGAUUCAUUAUUUUCUUAUAGUUUAGAUUGCAAAAUCAGAUGAAACUGAAAUUAUUAAUGUAUACAAAUCUGCCUUAAAUUAGAAUUAUUAUAUACGGUUUUAGGAUUGAAUUAUUCUAAUGUCUUGCAUAACAAUUACUUUAAAAAAAAAUUUUUUUUUUAAUAAAUCAAUACUCAAUAAUUACGUUGUGAAGUACAAAUAAGAAACUAAUAUUAAUACCGUAAUCGUUCAUUUUAGUUGAAGACGUGUUUAAUCAUAAUAUUCUACUAUAAAUGUAAGUUUUCAUUGUUUAAUACGUAACAUAAAAAAGUAAUUGAAUAAAUAUGUUGUUAUUUAAUCAAAA